UUGACGCAUAUAAGCAUAUUAUGUCUCGGUCAAACUGAAAGACCAUGACCACCCAGCCCCACUUUUAUUUCCAUUUCUCAGCAAACUCCAAACUCUUCACGUCCCUCUGCCUCUUCUGUUUUACACCGCUUUCUCUCUUCUCCCUGCAAGAUCCACCCCUCUCUGUUUGAAUUUUCCUCUCUUUAUAACAAGAAAGAGUCAGAGUGGGUCACGGUCAAUGGUUUUAGGUGAGAAAACUCGAAACUAGCCGCAACACAACACCGCACCUACCAUAACCAUCACCAUUUUACCUUUCUAAGCUUUUGCUUUCAACCCAUUAUUACUUCUGUUAAUGGGUUUAAAACCCAAUUGAAAAGGUUCGCGUCUUGUGAGUUUUGCUUUCUACCCAUGUUAGGAGAAGAGAGUAACAACAACAACGACCGCGCCGGCGGUCACCGGAGAACAACACAUUCCCGGUCAGUUUCCUGGACCGACCGGUCUCCGGUUACCCGGAAACCGCCGCGUCCGCUUCAGCCUCUCGCCAUCCACAAACGCAGCGUUUUGGAGUGGCCCAGCGCCGGCUGCGACGAUCUCGGUGAUUGGUCUCUUCCACCGACCCCUAGAGGGUCCACCAAAACACCAGAUUCGGGUUCGGGUCAAGUUUUCCAGUUCAAGAAAGACUAUUACGCGUUCUACGACAAGGAAUGUUCGAGAAUCGCGGAGCACGUGUACCUGGGGAGUGACACGGUGGCGAAGAGCGUCGAGCUUCUGCGGCGGCACGGGAUCACGCACGUGCUCAAUUGCGUCGGGUUCGUGUGCCCCGAGUAUUUCAAAACCGACUUCGUCUACAAGACCCUCUGGCUGCGUGACUCACCCUCGGAGGACAUCACCAGCAUUCUCUACGACGUCUUCGAUUACUUCGAGGAUGUCCGGAACCAGGGUGGGCGCGUGUUCGUCCACUGCUGCCAGGGCGUGUCGCGCUCUACCUCGCUCGUCAUCGCGUAUCUCAUGUGGAGGGAAGGCCAGAGCUUCGAGGACGCCUUUCACUAUGUCAAGAUCGCGCGUGGCGUAACGAACCCCAACAUGGGCUUCGCGUGCCAGCUGUUGCAGUGUCAGAAGCGCGUGCACGCCAUGCCCGCGAGUCCUAGUUCUGUUCUCAGGAUGUAUAGGAUGGCUCCUCAUUCUCCUUAUGACCCUCUUCAUCUUGUGCCUAAGUUGAUUGAUCAUCCUUCCUCACGCGCUCUUGACUCGCGUGGCGCAUUUGUUGUGCAUGUGCCUAAUGCUAUAUACGUGUGGAUUGGGAAGGAGUGUGGGUCGGUGAUGUGUUGCAAUGCAAGAUCAGCGGCUGCUCAGGUUGUUCGGUAUGAGAGGGCAACGGAGAAGAUUGUUAGUGUGUUUGAGGAUGAAGAGCCUAAGGAGUUUUGGAUUGCUCUUUCUACCAAGGAAGUGGUGGUGGUGGAGAAUGGAGAGGUGAAGAAUGUGGUGGAGAGAAUUGAGAUUGAUGUGGGGAUUCGUCCCAGGAGAGUUGAGGAGUAUGAUUUGGAUUUUGGGAUUUUUCAUAAGGCGCUUGCUGGUGGGGUUGUUCCACCUUUUUCUUUGUCUAAUGCUGGAUCGGAAAAUUGCCUUCCUGCCAGGGAAAAUGGGUGGGGGAGAUUGACAAGGAAGCUUGCUAGUGGUAUCAUGAAAGGGUUGUUCACAUCCUCUAAGUGCUGUGAGUCUAGUGUGAACAUCAUUGAAGAGGGAAAUCAACAUAAGAAUGUUGAUCCUCCUUUGCCACCAUCUUCUAACAAUGUGGGUGGUUCGUGGAGUUCCUUUGAGUGUUUUGUAGAUAAUGGCUUAGAGAGGGGAAAGGAUAGUGUUCAACAAGUCAGGGAUCAGUUUGUUGUUCCUAGCGUUGGGUCAUCAAUGCCGCCACCAUCGCCUCAUAGUCGAGCAGCAUCGGAUUCUUUUGCUUGUUUUCUAAGUAACAGCUCCAAAUUCAGUUCCAAAUCUCCACCACUUUCACCCGCCAGUUCGGAUUAUGCAAGUUCCUUUACAUUUUCGCCUUCAUCGACUGAUUUGUCAAUCGUGUCUUCUCGGCAGUCAUCGCCUUCCGGUCUGGAAUCAGCUGAACCCAAUCAUGUGAAAGAUGCAUCUUCCUCAGAGAGUCGCUCUUUAGUUCAGAAAGAAGGUGAGGCAUUUCUGGCUAAUCACACCUUGGUAGGGGCAAAGUCCAGUUUGCCGCGCAAAGGAUCUUCCCUCUCCAUUGCAGAGCGCAGAGGGAGUAACCCGCCACCUCGCAUGAUGCUACCCCUUGGCCAGUGAAUCAUCCCGUGUCAGCAAGGUCCGGGUAAGAUCCAGGUCUUUCUCAUUGCCUGCCUUGGAUGAUACUUAGAUGAAGGAUGUUAGUUGCAAGCAAAUCUGACCAUGACAACAGUGGGAAAUGGCUAAUAUUAUGAGAUGUUGAUAUCAUUAGUAUAGCUGUUGAGAAUAAGGUUAAUGGCUGAGGAUCAUUGCAAUAUGGUACUGUUUCAUGUUAAGGUAGGUUGUUAUGCUUGAAGUAGAAGACUUCUAAGAGAAAGUUAACUUUAUUACAGUGGUUCAGUCUCUUCCUGUAUAGAUAUAUCGUAUAGCCAUAGUUGGCUCAAAUGAUCUAUUUUUGGAGGUAAACUUUCACUCCUGUUUGAAUAUUGGUGCAUGCCUGAAAGGUUUGUAGUGUAGGCUGAGCAAUAAAAACCACACAAGACAUGUAGGCAAUGCACUGAUAGCAUCUCGAGUACAUAACAAUUAUCAAAUUUAAGUGAAUAUAAAGUCUAUUUUUCUCUUUGGCU